AUGAGGCACACAGUAUCACUCCCAGACAUUCUGAGCAGUCAGAAUAGCUGUCAGCUGGGAGCUUGUCACCCAUCAGUCGGAGAUCUGCUUGUGGGACGCAGCCAACAGUUGACAGCUUCAUCUACAUGUGGAUUGUUUGGCCCUCAGAAGUAUUGCAUUGUGGGAUACCUUGAGGAUACGAAGAAAUGCUUCACCUGCGAUUCCAGGCACCCCUACCACCCACUUUUCCAAACCAACAGCCACUCCAUUGAAAAUGUGGUCACCCGUUUGGAACGCGAUCGGAAGAAAUGGUGGCAAUCUGAAAACGGUGUUGACCAUGUCAGUAUUCAGCUGGACUUGGAAAACAUGUUUCAGUUCAGUCAUCUUAUUCUGAUUUUCAAGACUUUUCGUCCCGCCGCCAUGUUGGUGGAGCGUUCUGCAGAUUACGGUCAAACCUGGAAGGCCUAUCGAUAUUUCGCACAAAACUGUACUGCUUCUUUUCCGGACAUUCCUUCAAGGCCACCCAAAGAGGUUGGAGACCUCGUGUGUGACUCCAAAUAUUCAGAUAUCGAACCAUCGACCGAAGGGGAAGUUAUUUUCAAAGUUCUGGAUCCCAGAUUUGAAAUAGAAAAUUCUUAUGGUCCGUACAUCCAAGAGCUGGUUGCUUUUACAAAUCUGAGAAUCAACUUCACAAAGCUUCACAUGCUGGGAGAUACUUUACUUGGAGAAAAGAAACAGAGUCUUCUGAGAAAAUACUACUAUGCGCUUUAUGAAAUGGUUGUUCACGGGAGUUGCAUGUGCAACGGCCACACCAGCCACUGUGGCCCUGGGGAAAAUCUGCGAGGGGACGUCUUCCACGAGCCUGGGAUGGUCCACGGGAACUGCCUUUGUGAACACAACACAGACGGUUUGUCCUGUGAACGAUGCAAAGAUUUCUACAAUGACAUCCCUUGGAGGCCGGCUGAAGGAUCCCAGGAAAAUGCUUGCCGAAAAUGUGAAUGCAACAGUCAUUCAGAGAGCUGCCAUUUUGAUAUGGCCGUGUACCUUGCUAACAACCGUACCAGUGGCGGAGUUUGCGAAGACUGUCAGCACAACACAACGGGGCAACAUUGUGAACGGUGCAAGCCGUUCUUUUAUCAGGAUCCCCAGAAGGCCAUGGUGGAUCCUCAUGCAUGUAUCCCUUGUGACUGCGAUCCAGAAGGCACUCUGCAAAAUGGGCUGUGCCAGGAUCAUUCGGAUCCUGUCCUUGGAAGCAUUGCUGGCCAGUGUCAUUGCAAAGCCAACGUUGAAGGCGUCCGUUGCGACAAGUGCAAGCCGCACUACUAUGGAAUCAAUGGAAGCGAUCCACUUGGCUGUCAGCCUUGCAGGUGUGACCCAAAGGGAAGUUUGCCUUUCUCUCUUUGCAACCCAGAAUCAGGAAAGUGUGUGUGCCAGGAAUUUGUCACUGGACAACGUUGUGAACACUGUCUUGAAGGAUACUGGGGUCUUGGAAGUCAUGUUUAUGGAUGCUCUCUGUGCGAUUGUGACAUUGGUGGUGCCUACAAUCAUUCCAGAAACCCGGCUCUGAAUAUUGUGAUUAAAGAGGUUGUGCCUGGAAAACCCAUGACGUGGUCAGGACUGGGUUUUGUCCGUGUGCAAAGCAAAGCAGGAUUACGUUUUUUGAUCAACAACAUUCCAUUUCUGAUGGACUUUAAUGUCAUUGUCCGUUAUGAGCCAGAGGCUUCAGAUGAUUGGAGAGCAACUAUUAUUGUUAAGUCUUCUGGCUCUGUAGGAAGUGAACACUGCAAGAACCAAGUUGCUCUGGAAGAACCACGGUUCCUUGAUUUGCCAUCCACAAGGAGAAUUCAGUUUCUAUCUACUCCGAUAUGCUUACAACCAAAGAGAGAAUAUUUUAUAGAUGUCUAUUUUUCCAAGACUUCAGAUCCAGAACCGGAGUCUCAAUCCUCCAUACUGGUUGAUUCAAUCGGACUCCUCCCUGCCAUCGCUUCUGUGGAAAACCUUUGCGAUCAAAAUGAUUUAGAGGAGUUUCAGCAGUAUCAUUGCGUGGAAAGUGCCUCGGAAAUCGGACCACACAUCUUACCGGAAACCUGCGCAAAACUUAUUGCGAGUUUGUCUGCCCGGAUUCACAAUGGUGCCGUCCCCUGCAGGUGCCAUCCACAAGGUUCCCUGAAUUCCCACUGCACAAAACUUGGAGGCCAGUGCCAAUGCAAACCCAAUGUUGUAGGACGCUGUUGCGAUAAAUGUGCAGCCGGGAGUCACAGCUUCGGGCCUCAAGGUUGCCUUGCAUGUGACUGUCAUCCUCAAGGAUCAGUAGACACCCUGUGUGACCAGGUGACUGGACAGUGUUCCUGUCGACCGGAAGUAGCCGGCCAGCAGUGCCAUCAAUGCCUAGUUGGAUAUUUUGGCUUUCCCCAUUGUCGUCCUUGUGCUUGCAACGGCUUCGCGGAACUUUGCGAUCCGCGGACUGGAGUGUGUUUGAACUGCACAAGCUUCACCACCGGAUCUAACUGUGAAAGGUGCUUGGAUGGGUAUUAUGGAAAUCCCGUGGAAAGAGAACCUUGUCAUCCUUGUAUGUGCCCAGAUUCCCCAACCAGCAAGAGAUAUUUUGCACAUUCCUGUUUCCAAGACCCUCAGACCAAACGGUUAAUCUGCAAAUGCUUUGCGGGCUAUUCAGGUGACCGCUGUGAUAAAUGCUCCAGUGGAUUCCAUGGAAAUCCAAGUGCACCAGCAAAUCAAUGUCUUCCUUGUUUUUGCAAUAACAACACGGAUGUGGCAGACCCAGAGUCUUGCAACAAGGACACUGGAGAGUGUUCAAAAUGCUUACACAACACUCAUGGACCAAACUGCCAGUUCUGUAAACCUGGUUAUUUUGGAUCAGCACUUCUGAGGAACUGUAGAGAAUGUAACUGCAACCUUUUGGGUGUGAAUCCAGCAAAAUGCCCACCUGGAAGUGACUUUUGCGCAUGUGACCAGACCACUGGUGAAUGCCCUUGCUCCCCUCAUGUGAUAGGCGAGAAGUGUGACCAAUGUGCUCCUGGCUUCUGGAACAUGGCCCAGAGAAGAGGAUGCUGUCCCUGUGGCUGCCAUCCCAAACGCUCCAUAAACAACAUUUGUGAUCAGUUUACAGGCCAGUGUCCGUGUAACGCCAGUUACGCCGGAAGACGUUGCGACAUCUGUGCUGAAAAUCAUUAUGGCAUCGAUUGUAUCGAAUGUAAGUGUAAUAAGGAGGGAACUCUGAUUCCCACGUGUGAUCAAGACACCGGAGUGUGUCACUGCCGGACUGGCUUCACCGGAAAGCACUGCGAUCAGUGUGCACGCAAUCACAACCAAGAAUUCCCCUCCUGUCCUCGCUGUCACAUUUGUUUCGAUCAGUGGGAUAAUAUCAUGAAUUCGUUGUCGCGGAGGAUUCAAAAAUUAUUGAAAUUUGCCGCCACGCUAGCAGAGAAGAGGAAAACUACGCCGGGCUGUGAUUUCAACUUUAAAGGCUAUGAAAAUAAAAUUGCAGACUUAGAAAAGGUCUUGAAAAGCUCGUUCCUGUUUUCCGAGACAAUCUUGGAUAUUAAAAAAGUCCAGGACAAUAUUAGGCAAACAGUUUCUCACAUGUUUCUGCAACCUGGCACACUGGAUCAGAUUCCUGAUUUUGACAUCAUAAUGGAAAACUUGCAGAAAGAUGUUGACAAUCUCUCUGAAAGCCUGCAGAAGACAAUGGAAGUGCAUCACAGGAUGAAUUACUUGCAAUUCCAGGAUUUUUUCGACAAAUUAAAGAAUUAUCAUCAAAUCAUGUUGGCUGCUGAGAAGAGAACCAACGAAACCAGAUCCCUCCUAGUUCACGGGGGAGAACUAAGGAGCAACGCGUCUGCCCUGCUGAAUGACCUGGGCGUAAAGGAGAACGUUACAUUGAGUCACCUGAAGAAGUUCACAAUGUCAGAAAUUGAAAAUAUCAAUGGAAAAGUAUGUGGGAUGCCAGGAAACAUCUCAUGUGCCAUGGCAGAGUGUGGCGGGGCUUUAUGUCGUGACAGGCAGGGCAACAAACAUUGUGGUGGUCCAAACUGUGAUGGAGCAUACCCCGUUUCUACCAAUGCCUUUAGAAAGGCUGAUCUCACAGGCCAGCUGUUAAGUAACCUAACUAAUCAGACGCAAGGAUCUCAGAAUAAGAUCAAAACUAUAAGGAAAAUGACUGAAGACACUAAGGAAAAAACAUUGGAGAUACAUGGAAAACUGGAGAAAAGUAAAUAUCAAAUGGAAAACAAAAGAGAAAACAUGAAACAGCUGAUCAAGAGACUGAAGAAUUUUUUGCUAGAGGAAAGUGCCCCGCCGGAGGAUAUAGAAAAAGUUGCAAAUUAUGUUCUGGCCAUCAAGAUGCACGAGGGACCUCAGGAGCUGCCAGACCUUCUCAACAACCUCAAGAGUCUCAUAACACAUUGUGAGGACAGCACAAAAUAUACCCAAAACUUAAAGAAACAAAAGGAAGAACCAGAGAAGCUUUUGAAGAAAGCCAAAGAAGCUGAGGAUAAAACAAAAGCUCUCACCACGGCUGAUGAAAUUAUAACCCACCUGAAAGAAGUAGAAGUUACUCAGCAACAAACCCAAGAUGCCUUGGCAACUUUCAAUGAGAAAGUGGAAAAAACGAUAGCAAAUAUUUCAGAGGCUGAGAACCAAAUGAAGAAGGCUGCCACUGAGUUGCAGGCUUUUCCAGAAAAACAGUCCAAACUGGCCAACGAAAUAGGUUCCCUGAAGACCAAAAUGGAGAGGAACAGAAUCCAAGCCAUAGAUGCAAGAUCAAAGGCAGAGGAAGCCCAAACUCAAGCGACAGCGAGUAAUAAGGAGCUUGCUAAUCUUGAACACGAAUACAGCAACUUGCAAGACAAACUCCUGACCCACGGAGUUACAUUAGAAACUUUGGAGAAACUCAACUGGUUGAAAAAAGAGGCAGAAGAACUGGCUAAUGAGACCGCGGAGAAAGUGAAAAGAAUCACUGAUCUGGAAAAGAAGAUACAAGAUUUGAACCAGAUUAAACAGCAAAAGGCGGAUCAGCUGAAGCAGCUGGAGGAUCAAGUUAUAGCCAUUAAAAACGAAAUCGCUGAGGAAUCCGACAGACACGCUACUUGUAAAAGUUAG